AAAACAUGGCGGCGGCCGCGGUCAGAAGGUUGUCAGGGCUGCUGAGGCCUCUGUCCCGAUCUAUCGGAACCAGUCCUCCUCAAGUCCGUCAGCUGUCUGGGUUUAUCCACUAUCAGCCUUUCAUCAGAACAGCUCCAGCCGCUGUCUGCGCCCCUAUCCGGGCUGCUGUUGCUCAGACUCCCCGCUACCCCCUGCUGCAUCGGGUUGCUGCUCUGGUUCCCAGCCUGACCUGGCAGCCCUGUAGAAACCUGACCUAUUUCAGCGUGAAGAAAGGAAAGAGGAAAACAGUAAAAGCGGUGACCGACCGUUUUAUGCGGUUGCACUGUGGCCUUUGGAUCAGACGGAAGGCUGGGUACAAGAAAAAGCUGUGGAAGAAGCUGCCUGCCAGACGAAAGCGUCUGAGGGAAAUGGUUUUCUGUAACAAGACUCAGAGCAAACUCUUGGAUAAAAUGACCACGUCUUUCUGGAAAAGAAGAAACUGGUUCCUUAAUGAUCCAUAUCUGAAGUACCACGACCGUGUCAACCUCUGAAUAAUCUACUGAUGCUGAAUAACAUGUAAUAAAGUCAAACAUCUGUAUUGUUGUCAUAAAUAAACUAAAUGUAAAGAGAAUUUUUUUUCUUUAUAGAAAAGGAGACAGAAAACACGAAACUUUAAGUCUUCAUCUAUAUUUUUUUAUUAUAGUUGAUUUUUGUGAAGUUUGAAGUCAUAAACCAACAUUUCUUCACACCUCUGCUUUAUAUU